AUGACCGUUCUCACCGACCAUGAAACACUGGAACUCCAGCGCAAGAUCGAGCGUCUGGCCAACGCACUCGUCACCCCUGAACAAUGCGACGAGUGGAAGCAGCAUUUCCGCACCGACACCGAUCUCCAAGGCAUCAAGUCACUGCUUGCCCAGAAGCGCGCACGUCUGUCCUAUGCUCCUCUUCCUGAAUGGCAGCAGAACGAAGUCACUUCAGCAUUGGCUCAAGUUGAGACAUGCAUCCAGCGGAUGGAGAUGAACCACACCAGGCAAGUCACAAACCAAGUUUUCGAAGAAGUUAUUAGUUCUUCCUACGUCUGCUCUGUUGUCAAGGAGUCUGUCGUUACGAUCUUGAAAUCUACUCUCGACCAGGUCAGGAGAGGCGAAAUCUUCACUGGUGCUUCUGGAUCAGCUUUGCAAGCCGCAGUUGUCAUGAUUGACAAGCAAGACAUCCUCGACGCUGUCUUUCAGAGAGCCAACCUUGAGGCACUCGACUCCGAAAUCACCAUCAAGAAGCAUGUCGUCGCAGCUCUCGCAGGUCUGGUGCAGAGAGAAAUGGUGAGAUCCGUCGACAGUUUGUCCGGAUACUAG